GUGAGGACCCUUGACCUCUGACUCAAGAUGGUGGCGCCCAGAGCGUCGCUUUUGCUGCUUCCCUGAGGUGAACUAAGCCCGAAGCCCCGCAUCAUGUCGAAGCUAAGCCGGGCCACUCGGGCCCUCAGGAAGCCCGAGCCUGGCGGCGUGAUCCGGACCAUCGUGAGGGCAGGCCAGGCCAUGUCUGGGCCCCCACUAGGCCCCGUCCUGGGUCAGCGAGGUGUUUCCAUCAACCAGUUCUGCAAGGAGUUCAACGAGAAGACGAAGGACAUCAAAGAAGGCAUUCCUCUGCCUACCAAGAUCUUUGUGAAGCCCGACAGGACAUUUGAAAUCAAGAUUGGACAACCCACUGUUUCCUAUUUCCUGAAGGCAGCUGCUGGGAUUGAGAAAGGGGCCCGGCAGACAGGGAAGGAGGUGGCAGGCCUGGUGACCUUGAAGCAUGUGUAUGAGAUUGCCCGCAUCAAAGCUCAGGAUGACGCCUUCGCCCUGCAGGACGUACCCCUGUCUUCUGUUGUCCGCUCCAUCAUUGGCUCUGCCCGCUCCCUGGGCAUUCGCGUGGUGAAAGACCUCAGUUCAGAAGAGCUGGCAGCCUUCCAGAGGGAGCGAGCCACAUUCCUGGCUGCUCAGAAAGAGGCAGACUUGGCAGCCCAGGCAGAAGCUGCCAAGAAGUGACCCUCUGCCCUCCACACCAAGAUUCCGAAGGAAGCGGCUGGGCAGGGGGCCAGUUGGGAAAGCUCUGCCAAAGGGGAGGAAGGGAGGUCACACCGACCCGAUCAUUAUUUUCUUGACUUUAAAUGAUAUUUUUACACAUACGGCUGUAUCAAGGAAUCAAGCCUGAAUAAACAUCCUUUGUCACCC